AAACUAAACGUCAUUUGGCAUCAACAACCCUCACGGUGCAGACCAUACAAAGCAGAUUUACAGUGCAAUAUAGUGUAUACAAGCGAAUAUAUCUAACAAGAUGAGCACUUCAGUUGAAUUGAGCAGCAACGCCUUGCAUGAUCUAUGCCAGAGCUAUCAUGAACACAACCAUCAGUCCAAACUGCCUUGCACCCUAGAGGUGCUCAGCUAUGAACACUCCGCCAACGCGGACACCGUAACCGGUUUUCUGGGUCGUCAUCAACUACUUACACUGAAAGUGCGACGUAUCGAUGCGGAAGGACAAGCACAUCACGAACAAAUCCGUUUCUUCACCAAGUCACCGCCUGUAGAGUUGGCUUCGCGCAUGGAAUACCUGGAGGAAUUUGGUGUAUUCAAAAAGGAGGUGUGUGUAUAUCGUGAAAUACUACCCGAACUUCAGAAGAUAUUCCCUCAUGUGGCGCCAAAAUGCUACUAUGCCGACGAGCGUCUACUUGUAUUCGAGCAUCUUGCCGAUCAGCAGUUUCGCAUGGCUGCCGAACGUAAUGGCAUAUUAAACUACAAACACCUACACUGCAUGCUGAAAACACUGGCAGCACUACAUGCCAGCUCUAUUGUAUACGAAGUACGCUGUGGGCGCAAGUUGAAUGAUCUACAUCCAGAGGCUGUGGUUGAGAAUGCCUAUCCAUUGAAUUUAGCAGAGAGUCAUGUGCGCUCUCAAAAUUUCAAAAAUGCUAAUCGUGCAUUUAUGGAGCUGAUAAAAUGGUUGCCUAAAUAUCGAUCAAAUUUGGACUUUAUCUUGCGGGAGUUUCCAAAGAAAAUGGCAGUGAUAUUCGAGUUGAUGCAGACAUCGGACAAAUACUGUAAUGUAUUCUGUCAUGGCGACCUAUGGGCGAACAAUGUUAUGUAUCAGUAUGGUAAAUAUGGCGAUUCACCUGUCGAGAGCCGUUUGGUGGACUUCCAAAUCAGUCGUUAUGCACCACCGAUGUUGGAUUUGAUAACGAUACUCACUAUACCAACAAGUAGUGCCUUCCGCAAACAACAUUUAUCGGAGUUAUUUUGUGACUACUAUAGUUUUAUGACGGAGUUUCUGAAAAGGGAGAAUCUCAAUAUUGAUGACUACCUGACACGUCAAGAAUUCUACGAGACGGCAGAGAAAUUCCGCAUUGUCGGUCUUAUAGAAAGUCUACUCUUCUCACAUAUGACCGUUAUGCCGACAGAUUUGACAGAGGCUUUUACCUCGUCGGCAAAUGGUUUCACGGACUUCUUCGAUGCCAAGCGAGUAGACAUCUGUUUGAAAGCUUUUCGCACUGAUGAUAUUUACAGAGAGAGAUUAUCUGAUAUGCUGGAAGAUUUUGUGGAUAACUAUGUAUUGAAAACUCAAAAUUAGUAAAUUAGUUAAUA